UAUCUGCUUGUUCUGCACAGUUCCUCAAGCCUCCGUUGUUGUCUGUACACCGUCCCCGAACAGUGCAAAUCGGCAAGAUCAAGAUGGGCAUCGACAUCAAGAAACACCACGUCAAGAAGGCCCAGCGGACGGCCCCCAAAAGCGAGGAUCCUUACCUCCUUUUGCUCGUCAAACUCUACAGAUUUUUGGCCCGCCGCACAGACUCGGAUUUCAACAAGGCUAUCCUCCACCGCCUCUUCCUCUCCAAAAUCAACCGUCCUCCCCUCUCUUUGUCAAGAAUUGUUAAAGAAACCGCUGCCACUUCUGAUCGUGACUCAAAAGUUAUCGUGGUCGUUGGCACUGUAACCGAUGACGUUCGUCUCGUCGAAGUACCCAAACUUUCAGUUGCUGCUCUACGCUUCACGCGCGCAGCAAAGGAGCGCAUUCUCAAUGCUGGUGGUGAGGCAUUGACGCUGGAUCAGCUCGCACUUCGCGCACCAACAGGGUCCAACACUGUGUUGCUCCGGGGAAAGAGGAACACUCGCGAGGCUGUCAAGCACUUUGGCAUGGGUCCCCACAAGAACAAGAAGCCUUACACCAUCUCCAAGGGUCGCAAAGUGCGUGUCGAUCAUUACUUUAAAGGUGUUUAUAUCUAACGCAUUUUCCUCAGUUCGAGCGGGCCCGUGGUCGCCG